AUGCUUGAAUCAUGGGUCUCUGCCCAGGCGUUCGCCAAAGACGCCCCUUCCUCGCUUGCUAGUGUUGAUAGCAGGAGAGGAAAAGCCCUCGCCCAUUUCAAAUCCGACAUCGCGGCUAAGAAACCCCUUCGUUUCACACCUUGGGGAGAACGACUGUCUUUCUGGUACAAGGGGUGUCUUCUCACUUUGAAGUACACGGAAAACGAAUCCGCCUUGUUCCCGCGCAAGACGAUGACGGUCUCCUGUAUCGGCCGUUCUUCAAAGAUCCUUCGUCAGCUUAUGGACGAAUGUCGACUCCAAUACUUGAGACUUUCCGAGGACAAAACUUCCAUCUUCGAGCAUCGCAAUAACGGCUGGAAAAGGACCAUUACUCGAGACAUCAGACCGAUCGAUACCGUGGUCAUGAACGAGGAGCUGAAGGAGAUGCUUCUUGCGGACAUUCGCUCAUUCCUCGACCCGAAAGCGCAAGUCUGGUACGCUAACCGAGGAAUACCCUACCGGCGAGGGUACCUCUUAUAUGGUUGCCCUGGAACUGGAAAGUCGAGCCUCAGUAUGUCCAUCGCCGGCUGUUUGGGGCUGGACAUCUACGUACUUAGUCUUGCCGGCAUCAACGACGUGCAACUUAGUGCCUUGUUCACCGAGCUUCCUCAGCGUUGUGUCGUCUUACUUGAAGACGUCGACGCAGUCGGAACGACACGAUCCCGGGAGGCCGACACUGAUGAGUCCGACUCUCGAUCAGAGGCAUCAAGAGGUUCAUCCAAGACGCCCGGGACUCUUUCGUUGUCUGGACUCUUAAAUGUCCUCGACGGCGUGGCUUCGCAGGAGGGGCGUGUUCUCAUCAUGACGACAAACCACAUAGAGCAUCUAGAUGAUGCUCUGAUACGACCUGGCCGCGUCGACAAGAAAAUCGAGUUCCAACUUGCCGAUUCCGAUGUGAUCUCAAAGCUGUUCCGUACUGUAUUUGAACAGUCAGAAGAGGAGCUGCCUGAUGUGGAGCAGCGAGCCAAGAACAACCAGGAAGUUCAGCGGUUGGCGAUUGAGUUUGGGCUCUCCCUCGGGCGCUUUGAGUAA